AAAAAGGGGAGGGGAAGAGGAGGAAGAGGUAAGGAAGGAAGGAGGGAAGGAAAUAAACAGCAGGAAACACUUUUCAUAAUAUAUAUAUUUUUCUUUUUACAAAAAAUUCAGUAUAUAAUGAAGAAGGGUAUCCACAGCAGAUAUAUUUGUUCCAACAAGAGAAAUCUUUUUUUUAUACACUGUCCUUCCGUUUUUUUUUCUUUCUUUCCAUCUUCCUUCCCGUCCACUAACUUAUCCAAAACCUCCACCCCUUUUCCUACCUAAAUAUAUAACAACUGUGUAUCCUAUAUAAAUCUAUAUAUCCAUCCAUCCAUCCAUCCAUCCAUUCAUUUAUUCUUUUUUUAAAACUAUUUAAAUUUUUAAAAAAAUGCGUUCAUUUGCCCUCGUCACUCUCCUCGCUCUUACCAGCAGCACUCUUGCGGCACCUUUUUCCCUUCGCCAGCUCGGCGAUGUCGUCAACGGACCUACAGCGAUCAACGAGGCCACUGUGAACAACGGUCAGCUCGCUGAGGGAGUUCUCGACACCGAGACAUCCUUCGACAAUGCUCAGAUUAUCGGCGCAACGGGUAACACUAUUGAAACCACCAAUAGUAACAAGAACAUCCACGGCAAUGCAUUCCUUAAUGCCAAGAUUAACGUUGCCCAGGGUGUCCAGGGUUCGGCAGUCGUCGGUAAUGGAAAUAAGGUGUUUGAUGCUUGGAGCAACCCUGCACUUUGGGCUGGCCCUUAUUAUAAGCGCCAGUUGGCUAAUGCUUUGUCGGAUAUUGAUAGCAACACGGUUAAUAGCGGUGCUCUGUCCCAGGGAACGCUCAAGGCUGGUUUGUCGCUGGAGGGUGCUUCGGUGCUGAACCCUGUGGGUAAUGAUGUGACCCAGGUUAGCAAGAACCAGGAGAUUGCUGAUAGCACUUUCGUCCAGCCCACGUUUAACGAGGCUACAAACAAUGAUGGCCCGGUGUAUGCUGGUAACAACGGUUUCUUUAUGCCGGUUAACAACGAGAAGGAUGCUAUUCAUAUUGAUAACGGCGCUUUCUUUGCAUCUGCCCUGGCUGGUUACUUUGGUCCCGCCCCAGUCGCUGUCGAAGCUGUUGCUGCUCCUCUUUACUGAGUAACGAGACUAGAUAGUUAAUCUGUUUCUUCUUUCUUUUUUAAAUUUAACAUUUUCUUGUUGAAUUAAUAUCCAAAUAAUCAUACGCAAGAUUGCAUGUGCGAA